GUGGAGAGAGAGGGAGAGAGGGUAGACCAUUACCAUAUUCACCACACUGCCUCUCAGUUCCUCAACCACGACACACUACCCUGAGCAGGAACCGGCUAGUUAAUGCCAUCAAGACAGAUAUCCUGAAGAGAGGAGGGGAGGAUCCAUCAGAACAAAGCGGAAUCGUUUACACAUUGCCUACACACACACACACGGUGGGAAAAGGAAUUAAAUUUUGCUUUCAUUGGACUCUGCUUCCUGCUUCUUGUUGCACUGCAAGAGCUCUCAUUGUGGCACAAGUGAGGAUCCCCUCCUUUUGUGUCGCCCUGCAGUUGUUUAUUCACACUGCAACUUCUGCCUCCUGUUUCCACAAAUAGGAGGUUUCAUUUCUGGUUUUCUCGUUUCGGCCUAAACGGAAUGAAUGACAAAAACAAAGGAGGUUGAUGUCCAUAACUCUCCGACUCACCUCUUCUUCGCCUCGCCCAAGGAACGGAGACUCCAUCUCCGGCAGAAGAUGGAAAGCGGAGGCGGGACGGAGUGCUCGGACAGCGGGCAGACGCAGCACGCGGUGCCCGGGCAGCAGAGCCCCCGGCCCGAAACCACGGAGCUCUCUGCGUCGCUGUCCGCUCAGCCUCCGGGCGAAAAGAAGAAGAUAAACCGGGCUCCGUCCCCGGCCAGACCGAAGGAUGUACCCGGGUGGUCACUCACAAAGAUCCGCGGAGGGAUUGGGACCCCGACCCUGAGCGUCAAGCCGGGAGCCAUUCACCUGGGCAGCCGCAUUUCGAGGCGCAGCCCUGUGGGAAAUCUUGCAGGAAAGGACGGUAAAGCAGAGAAGAGCAGUGGUGGCAAACCGGCGUGCAAAUCUUUCUCCUCUGCUGGGUUGGCCAAGACCUCUGCGGCUAAGGCGGCCAAAAGCACCGGAGGGCGGAGGAAGGUGUCGGACGCCAGCAUCGGAUCAGACGAUUUAUCCAAGGACUCUGGUUGCGCCACCGGGAAGCUCUCCCCAACUGACAGUAGCUCCGAGCUGUCGGACUGCGCCUCCGAGGAAAACAAGCUCUCCACGGACGCCGUGAGCAGCGACGCCGAGUCGAGGAGCAGUCGGGGCGGUGGACCGGACGGAGACAAGCCGCACAGGGACAGCGCGUUGGCGGAUAGAGCUAGCCAGCAAACCGCCGCCAAGACCAACUGCUCCUCCGCGGAGAAGGACUGCAAAGACCGGCUCUCACUGGGCAUGGAGACCGGGGAAGGGAGCAUAUCUCCCGGCGAGGAGCGCUCUGUCACCUCGUUUGACAGCAGGAUGCCUGCCAGCACAUCCCUGGCUUUCUCAGACCUUACAGAGGAGUACAUGGACGGCAUGCAUGAGGAGUUUGUCCGAGAAAUAGAAGAGCUGAGAUCUGAGAAUGACUACCUCAAGGAUGAGAUGGAGGAGCUGAGGUCUGAGAUGCUGGAGAUGAGAGACAUGUACAUGGAGGAAGACGUGUACCAGCUGCAGGAACUACGGCAACAGCUGGAGCAGGCAAAUAAGACCUGCCGCAUCCUGCAGUACCGGCUGAGGAAGGCAGAGCGGCGCUCUAUCCGUGUGGCCCAAACAGGGCAUGUGGAUGGAGAACUGAUUCGAACGCUGGAGCAAGACGUCAAAGUGGCGAAGGAUGUGUCGAUUCGUCUCCACAGCCAGCUGGACAGCGUGGAAAAGAAGAGGAGUCGUCUCGAGCAAGAGAACGAGGAGCUUAGGGUCCGACUGCAGGACCUGGAGGUCGCCAAACAGGUCCUACAGCAGGAGAUUGACAAGAACACCCAGAAGAAAAGAGGAGCACGGCCCAAUAACAAACCUGACAAGAAGCUUGCUCCACAGGAGGACAGUUCAGACCUGAAGUGCCAGCUCCACUUUGCCAAAGAGGAAUCAGCCCUGAUGUGCAAGAAGCUGACCAAGCUGGUGAAAGACAGUGAGGCCAUGAAGGAAGAGCUGGCCAAGUACAGGUCGAUGUACGGAGAUGUCAAUGCUUCACUCACCGUGGAGGAGGUUGCUGAUUCCCCUCACACCCGCGAGGCUGAGAUCAGAGUCCACCUGAAGCUGGUGGAGGAGGAGGCCAACCUGCUUAGUAGACGUAUUGUGGAGCUGGAGGUGGAGAACAGGGGGCUCCGAGCUGAGAUGGACGACAUGAAGGGACCACAAGAUGGUCCUCAAGAACUUAGUGGUGUUGGUGGCCUCGGGGCAGGUCUUGGUCUAGGAGGAGGAGCCAUGGUACUUGGGGGAGGGGCUUCAUCUGAAAAUGUCAUGGAGCUCCAAAGACACCUCCAGUUUGUGGAGGAGGAGGCAGAGCUACUUAGGAGAUCUCUAAUCGAGAUGGAGGAACAGAACAAACUCCUGAUGAACGAGAUCAACCGGUACAAAUCUGAACUCCCACCGCCAACGUCCACGCUGUCAUCCAAUUCAUUAACGUCGCUGACCGACGGGCUGCUCAACGACAGCCCAGUGCACUCCAUACAGGAAGGGGCGGUGCUCAUCAGCACAGACGCCCCAGCCCAGGAGGAGGAGCUCAGACUGGCGAGGCUUCAGAUCGGAGAACUCAGUGGGAAGGUGAAGAAGCUGCAGUAUGAGAACCGAGUGCUGCUGUCCAACUUGCAGCGCUGUGAUCUCGCAUCCUACCACGCUCCUUCCUCCUCCUCUUCCUCCCCACUACGACUGGCUCUGGAGACUGAUGCUGAGGCCGGAGACUCAGCUGAGUGCCUUCCCACCAGCCCGCCUCACCGCAAAGAGCCAGUAGGGGGUGAGAACGAUGCACUCGAGAUCAAAGAACGGAAAAGGAAGAUCGAGGACGUGGCUGACACAACAACCUCACUCUCUGGGUGCCUGGGGCAGAAGGACCAUGAUGCCUUGCUGGCCAUGAGGGACCAGGCUCGCUUGGUUUCCACGGCAAUACAGCUCCUGACCUCCCCUGAGUCUAACUGCCUCUCCACGUCCCCAUCCAUCUACCACAAGGUCUGCAGCAACGAGGCAGCAGAGCCAUGUGACCUGGACAAACCUCAGCCUCACAGUCAGAUUUCAGAGCUGUCUGACCUGGCAGACCGGCCUCUAGUCGGUGCUCUGACCAGCAGGCUGCAGGCCCUACAUACACAGCUGCAGGCCUUUGUGGAGCAGGUCGACAACCUGGGUAGACCCCCAGCAGGUGGGAUGGACCCUCAAGUGGAAGGAGAGUCUCCUCUGGCCUCACCUUGUGCCUCCCUCCCUUGUUCGGGAGAUAGCCACAAUGGACUGAACACUGCUGAGGAGAAGCAGCCUGAUUAUAGAGACCAAUCAGAGCCGGAGGUGAAAAGUCAAACAGAGGAGAACAGCCAAUCAGACAUCAGUGAGAUUCACAAGCAGGAAAACAGCCAACUGGAACAGGAAGAAAAGGAGGCAGAUGCACUGUCCGUCCAGUCCAAUGACCUCCAGGCUAGGUUGUCUGAUGUAGAGGAGUCGGCCUUCGGACCUCUAGAGGAGCUGGAGAAGGAGAGGCAUGCACAGAGAGAAGCCUCUCUCAAACUCACGCAACUGCAGGAAGAGCAUCAGAAGGCUCUGCUCCGUCGAGACUUCCAGCUGCAGAGUUUGGGUCUCCAGGCUCGACUCCAGCAGAAGCUGUGGAGUCAGGAGAGGACUCUGCUGGUCCAGGAGUCUCAGCACCUCAAACAGGCCCUGUUACUGCUCAGCCUCAAACUGCGCUGCUUCCUCAAACAGUGGAGGCUGGGAUGCAAGGACGGCGAGUGGAAAGACAUCCUAGAGAUGAACAGCCUGAAGGACCUCUACCUGCUGUUGGAGGAGGAUAACCUGACUAGCUCCGCCCACCAGACUGACAAGAAGCCUGCUGCAGACGAACAACCGCUCAGCCCAACUAUCAAGUCAAGCGCUGUGAGCAGCACGUUGGCAGACCUGAAGGUGGUGCUGCAGGAUCUGAGCGGAGAGUUGCGACAGGAGAGACAAGGCUCCCAGGAACUCACCCAGCAGUUCGCAAAGGCCAAGGCAUCAUGGGAAGUAGAGAGGACCGAGUUAAAGAGCCUCAUCACGCAGCUUGAGACCAAAACAGUCAAAUCAACAGCUGCUCUGUCUGCAACUGAUGCACUGGAACCUCCAGACCUGAAGGUGGCACUGAGGAGGGAGCGUGAAGAACACCAACACCUCCUGGCUGAGUCCUAUGCAGCUGUGAUGGACCUAACUAAACAGCUUCAGAUCGGAGAGAGGAAUUGGGGCAGAGAAAAGCUGGAGCUGCUGGAGAGGUUUAGCCAGGAGAGAGCUCAGUGGGAGCAGAGACUGAGAGAGGCCACUGCACAACAGGGAAAGACAAAGUCAUUAGGUGGCGAGUCCUCUGCAGACACAGUCAUCACUAAUGGCACAGUUUCACCAAGAACCAAAUCCACAUCAGACCUGGAUGGCCCAGAAGUCAACGGAUCAGCCAAUCAGAUGGAGGCGAUUCAGUUGGGAGUCCGACCUCUUUUGAGUCACACAGAGCUGGGUGACCUAACCAGGAAGAAUUGGACCUGUCUGACCAAUGAGACCCCAGAGGUUGGGGACAUUUGUAAAACCUGGGACGGACCCAGUGUCUCCUCCACCAACUUAGGGGGAUUGGAGCUGGAUCUGGAGUGUGUCCAGAGAAGCCACACUGCCCCAGACCGCACCGGCAUCCGGAUCUACUACAGCCCUCCUGCUGUCCGACGUAUGGAGCACCGGAGAAGGAACCAGGAGGCCAAAGAGCCACAGAAGGCCCAGAACGGGAGCUCUUCCCUGGGACUGAGUGGCUCAGACGUAGGUGUGGCUGUUCAGCAGACUCCAUCCUCUUUUUCGUCCUCGUAUGAGCAAUGGCUGAGUUCACUGUCCAAGCAGCACAGGGAGCUGCUGGAAAGCAGAAGUGGAUGCAUCACCGGCUCAAUCCCAAGUAUUGUCAACAAAGGCAUGGGUGGUUCGGCUAACAGUUUGGUUGAUGGGAUGGCGCCCCCGUCAGCUUUCCACGGCCUCGAGAUCGGGGAGAUUUCAGCCAACUUAAGUGAUGAUAUGAAAGAGAUGACCAAUUGUGUCCGCCAAGCCAUACGCUCUUCCUCUCUGGAGAGGAAAUCCACCAAGGAUCCUGGGAGUCAGUCCAUCAGCAUGUCCACCAGGUCCACGCAGACUGCUUCGCAGUGUGUCAGCAUCGGUCUUCAAACAGACACUCUUCCCAGUGGCAGGGGAACAGGGUUACACUCCAAAGCCUGGUCUCCUCGCCCCUCGUCAACAACCACCUCCUCACUAGCGUCGGCCCGAACCCGGCAGAUAUCAACCUCACUCGAUAAAGUUCACAGCCGCAUCGAGAGGCCAUGCUGUUCACCCAAAUAUGGAUCACCUAAACUACAACGCAGAGUGUCCUCUGGCUCCACUUCCAGACUGGAUGGGACUUCCUCCUCCAGGGACCGGAGCCUGUGGAGCCUCCAGCAAAGAUCCAUCGGUGGAGGGGGAGGCUCAGCCUGGGCUCGCUCCACCACCACCAGGGACAGCCCUGUCCUGAGCGGCCUCACUGACGGCCUCUCCAGCCUUUUCAGCGUGGUGGAACACUCUGGUAGCACAGAGUCACUCUGGAGAGGUGACGGAGGAGCCAGCCAGGGUGCCAGUCCAGCACGGCAGCCUCCUGCUGCAGGUAAACCCUCUGGUGUGUGUGGAUCUGACCCCGGCUCUCAGCGGUACGGCGGCCUGGUCCAGGAGUUCUUCAGGAACGUCUGCACCAGCCGUCCUCAGGGAGGAGUCACCCUGCCUGGGGAGAGAGCACAAAGAGACUCCCUCGGAUGUCUGAGUCCCUUGGGGGGUUUUGGCAAUGUGGAUGAGCCCAAACCAGAGUGUGUGUCCGCAGGGGUUGGAGGACAUGGUGUGCUGGCUGGAUUGGGUGGAGGCAACGACAGUGUGACCAAGAUUGUCAAUAAGAGGUUUAUGAGACAGACGGCUGGGGAGGAGAUGGUCAGUAUCAUGGGAGGAGGGAAAGAAACAAUCAGCAACGCGGGAGCGGCAGGAUCUGGGCUGGAGGAUACGACUUGUGACUGUGCGGCCCAGGCUUCCUGCUUUGCCCGAUCAAGAACAACAACAACUCGCCAUGCACUCAGCCAGUGCAAACACCGCCCACACGAGUCUCUGGCGGCAACCGAGGAGAAAGGGGACAUCUCCAAUGAGUGACAACACUUCUACUGCCACAUCCAACACACACACACAUGCACACAAAGCAAUACAGAUUCUUCACAAACACUGUACUCCCUACUCCACUGCCUUUCUUACACCUCUCACACCAAAUGUACAUACACAUCUACAACCUGCCACACAGGCACACUGCCAAACAUAACAAACACACACACACACACACACACUGCUCUGCUAGCACACUGCACAGACUGCCCCACAAAACUCCUGCCACAUGCACAUAUUCAUAAAUGCACACACAAACACACACACACACACACACACAAAACAGGCAAUAUUCCAUGUUUUGGACUGCACCAUUCUGAUGCCAAGGACAGGGAGGACUGAAACUCCAACCAAGCAACAAAUCCAACCAUUGCAAAACUACCAGCAGGACAUAAAACACAAACACACACAUCUUCUCACCCACUUAGAUAAACAAUAGCAACUAUGAACUGAAGAAAAACUAACAAGUAAAACCAUGAUGUCAGGACUGGACCUAGAACUCCAUCCCUGCCCCACCCCUCAUUUUACAGAAUAGUAUGUACUACACCUGGUCAGUUUUGGACUAGAAAAUCCACUUUGAUGGCAUCAUCUUAUCACCAUGCUGCUGGACCAGCAGCCAUGUUGGAUAAACAAGGAAAAAGAAAGGCCCAGUUUGAAUAUGCAUUGAAGGUGCAUGUGUUUCUUUGCAAGUGCAGUAUAAAACUGGAGCAGAGCUGGAAAGAUCUUCUACAUUGUGUUAGUAACUCUGAGACCACCACAGAGGAAUUCAGAUGACUUCUCUCUGAGCUUUGCCAGAUACACACACGUGCAGUGCUGGUAAAUGCAAUGUCUCCUUGAUAGAUCAGCACAAUAACAUUUCAGCGAGUGUCUCUAACGAGGAUAUGACAAAUGCAAAAUCUUGACGACACAUCUGCUUCAAGUGCAGACUUGUCUUCAUUGUUUCUCCUGCCACAGUAAAAUGCAAAAGGAAGAAUUCAAGGACAACUAGACUACAUACCCCAGCAUGACCGGACUUUGAAUAUUGAUGUUUGGACUUGUCAGCUCUAUAAAUGAGACCAUAAAACUGAUCUGAGUGGACGUCCUACCAUUGUCUUUCAGUAGCCCAAACAAUAAAAAGCUCUUCGAUUUUCAGCCGUGUUCCCACAUGGAUUUCCGCCCCAAAUACGGAGAUGUUUUGUGGUUUUGGAGUCAUGGCUUAAACCUUGUAGAUGUGAGAAAACCUUCUUCAAAAGACUGCAGUUUUUGUUUGAACCUGUUAGAGCAGGCAGAAAGUGCCCAUUAGUUUUAUGUUUAUUUCUUCACUGGUGUCAAGAUUCAUCCUUUAAGCUUUGGUGAUCUGAUGAAGAUAUGCGGUAUACAGUCAUACAGCACAUCAUCCUGAAACCAUCCUGAAAACUUUAGUUGGUUAUGCUGAUUUCAGAUCCAUUUCUGAUUGACUGCAAGGUUAACCUAAAAGCUAAUCUGCAGAUUUCACUUGGCAUUGGAUAGAGAUACACAGAUGUCACCACGUUCACUUGUUUUACCUCGACCACUAGUUUGAGGUUAUGCUGCAGGAAAAAGUACAGAAAACUGAGGUGGUUUGAAUUUUCAUGUCACUUGAUUUAGAAUCCUAUUUACGGAAUUAAGGAAUGUUUUAAUGACUAUAAUGAUAUGGACCUGAUACUCAUCAGCUUUUUCAGUACAUCCCCUAUCCCCUACGGCAUCAGAUAUGUGUGUCCACAUUCGAAAUGACCAGAAACGCUCGCUAACUCUAAACUGUGCCCAAGGAGAUUUCAGCCAACACAUUCCUUCUUUUUUUUUGAAGUUUUUCCCUGAUGUGUACUGUAUGUGUGUGAAGGGAACAGUUUUAAAAUACUCGCCUUGUACUCUUCCUUCCUCUCUGCUCUUCUCUUGCACACAGCCGUCCUUGUGAUGUAGUACUACUCAGACGGUGUGGCUACUGUAUGAACCCUGUAUGCGUUUUGAAGAUGUAGCAUUAUAGCGUAAUUGAUGGCGAACAAAUUGAUUGGUAAACAACAAGCAUAGAGCUGUGGCUGUCCAUCUGCAGUCAGAGAAGUUAAAGCACCGACAGCUUUUACUUUAUGAGAAAUUCAUUCAUGAUUUUUUUUUUUCAAUUUCUUGAUUCAAUUUCAACUUAAAUCAAGCCAUUUCAUUAAAUUAAAAAUGUGUGUAAAUUAAACAUGUCUUUACGUAGGAUGUCUACACAGCUGAGAGAAGUAAAAGACUUCAAUUUUUACAUGCACUGAAAAUGUAAGAAAAAUACUGUACACAAUCAUAUUAAGAAGAUUCAGAAGAUUUUUAUUCCAUUUCUUCUUUCCAUUUCUUUCUCCUCUUUUUUUGUUAGCCAGGUUGUUUUCUUUCAAAUCAAUCAACAGAUAUUCAAAGUGCCUGUCAGAUCUCCUGGUAGUCAGCUCACACCAAAACUGGACUCAUGAAAACACAACACAAACCCAACAGGCCUUUUUUUAAAUGGGUAACAUUGUUUUUAUGUGCAUAACUUUGAUCAGGCUGUACUGAAGCUACAAUAAUGUACUGUGCCAGAGUGCAGUAAGGACAUAGUGGUUUACAGGUAUAGUAGGAUAAAAUGUAGACUAUAGAUUAACUUUUUUUAUGCCAAGGGUUAUUGUAUUUCUGGAAAGUAAAUUAUUUUUGUUUGUUUUAUAUGGGUAUUUUUGCUGAUAUGUUAGCUGAUUGUUUUUGUUCUUUCUAUUUAGUUAUUAUGGUGCUACUUAGUGUAAAGUGUGCUGUGGGCUUACCUCCUUUAACAAGGUCAUCUAGCUAUCCAAAUAUGUCUCUUCCUCUGUUUUUGUAUGAGCAGUUGAGCAUUUCUCCAUGUCUGCACACCACUGCAUGACUCAGCAGUUUAAAAUAGGGCAUUACAGUAACAGUGCAUGUAUUUAAAUAACACAGUGAAGAAAACCCACAGUCUGAACGCUUGCUGUCUGUCUCCACACCAGCCCUCAAUGCUGGUAGACAACCAACCAUCUGGAACCCAUCACCACUUCAAAAGCUACUGAUCUGAUUGCCACAGGAAUAGGCCUUUUUUUGACAGCAAUUAUACAACAGGUAUACACGCUACUUUAAUUAGUUAAAAACCACAGAAAUUGUAUAACCUUACUGAAGAGCUUCCAAAAAAGCACAGCUAUUAAGGUCGAGUAGACAUCCCUUCUUUUCUACAUUCCAUCACAUUUCUAUCCUUAAAAGCUAUAAAGCUAUAUGGUUACACCACACAGUCAGAAACCACUGGAAUAAUACAGAUUAUUUUAAAAACAACAGAAAUGAGAAAUGCAGACAAGAGAUUAUUCUGGUGUUUUUAUUCUGUUGGUACUGUACUGGUGCAGAUAAGGAAGACUGCUUAACAAGUGAUACCAAGACACAGUGAACUGUCUUUAGCUUCUUGAGUUUGAGCUAACAUUUUCACUUAGCAAUGCAGCUCUUGACCUGUGUGUCAGUUUUUCCUUGUUGGAAGGUCCGGCACAUUUUAUAAAAUCUAAUAUACACAUCAGCGACCACAGCCACUCCACAUCCAGUCUAGGAGGGCUCACUUUAGAAAGGCAGGAAAUGCAGCAUACCAACUCACUAAAGUUACCACCACAUAACCACAGUCCAGAAAUAUCUCAGUUGUCCCACGGUGUCUCCCUCCACACAGCAGGAUGAAUACUGUUAUGUUACAAAGGAAACUUUAUUAUACCCUCAUAUUAGGUUAGGCAUCAUUUCUGAUUUGUGGAUACACUAAACCACAGAAUCUGUCAUAACAAGCCAUAGAUCUUUCCAUUGCAUUUGAAAUUCAAACAUGUAGUCAUGUUUUAAAAACUGUAAUAAUCAGACACAAAGUAAAAGCACAAACCUGGAACAAAUCUACUUUUAACAAAAAAGACUUCAAAGUUGUUGAAAGGAAUCAGUGAUUUUUUUUUCAUUUCAUAAUCCAGAUGUUUGAGUGCAACCACUUUAAUCAGUGAGAAAUUCAGUGAUUUUAAUUUAGAUUUUUUUCAAAAGCCCAACUCCAUGGCCCAAACAAAAAAUCAUGAUUGUGAGAAAGUUUGCCAGAUUUUGUUCUACCUCUUUACACUUUUUACACCAUGACACACUGAGAUACAGCACUAAUAACACAACAUAAGAUUAGUGUAUCUUUAAUGUUAUUGUGCAUCAAUCUUCUGAAGAUAUUUGAUGCCUGUAUACCAGGGCCUUACUCCUACUGUCAUUUAGUCUUGCUGUCAAUGAGAAAGUCACUUUGUGCCUUUCCUCUACAAAGAUGUCUUGGUUUAAUCAAAACUUUUAUUUUUCUGCAAACAGUGGGCUCCAACUACGUACAAGCUGUAUGACGAUGCCAAAAUCCAGAUUAGUCACAUCUGGAGUUAAGAUUAAAUGUCUUCAUUUGUUGUCUUGUAGUCAGUUUAGACUUAUUUGUGUUUACAGUAAUCUUCAGUGGUUGCUCUACUACGUACAAUGAGACGGAAAAUACGUGUUACAAGCCAAUGAGGGAUCUUAGUGUCAAGGUUUCAAGAGUAGAAUAUGCCUUAGAAAUUAGCUUUUUCUUUACUGUUGUCUGACCAGACCUCCAGAUGGUUGAAAAUUCGGACCAAGGUUCCUUUUUGGUAAAUGUUUUGUGUUGUAAAAUACGAAGUAUUGUGUCAUGUUUUUAAAUGAUUUCAACUCGUAAAAUAAAUAAUUUGUAUUACUUUAAAAAACAUAGCUAAUAAUAGUUAUUUAAUAAUGAUCACAAACAUUCAAUGUGACAUGGCUGGAAAUAUGUCUCACAGCUGAUAUUGAUAUUUAUUGCAACCUGGACUUUUAUUCCUUUUUUUUUCUUUUUUGCAUUUAGUCUACCAUAAAAAUCUGAAAUGGUGCAGUCUAAUAGACUGAAACCUCUCUUUGACUCUGAUGUUGUCCGUCAGUUCUGUUUCUGCCUCUUUCCAUUCACCUAUCAGGCGUUACAUUUGCUCCGCCCCCCCCUCAGGUUAUAAGUACUAGGCUUUGCAGCCAAUGACAGACAGUUUUACAGGUCACAUGGUAUCACCAGCAUGACACAAACCAUGAGUCUCAUUGCUCCCUGUGUGUCUGUAAGCCUGUUAUAAAAGCUACAUGAGUCUCUCUUUCCAGCCUUUUUAACUUGUUUCUAUUCAUGAUUAUUAUAUCCUGGCAAUAUGUAUAUGAAUUGUAAGCUGUUCAUAAUGUUAGCUAUCUAUUAUCUAGAGGCUGCCUGUACAUUUGCUUCAUCUAACCUACUCUUGUCUUUUCUUAGUAAUGCUUGAUUCUUGAAUAAAAGGAGAAUGCAAUGAAAGACAGAAAAUAUGAGUAAACAGUAAGGAAAUCUGUCCCCUUGUAUUGCGACUUGAAAAGAAAGGAAAAUUUUGUAUUCUCUUUGUCCUUUGGCUUCUUUGAGAAAAGCUGAAUGUCAGCAGCUGAUCUGAACCGGGUCGCUGUGGAAGUAUGUAGCUCUCUCUCUGUUCGUGGCCCACACUUGAGCAUUUUUUUCUGUACAUAGGUGCAUUUUGAAGCUGAUGAAACACAACAACAAAAACAAGGCAGCAAACAUUGAAUGAGUAAAAUGAGAAAUUUGAUCCUGAUGGAUUUUUAAAGGGUUGGGUUUCUUUUUUGUUUUUCCGACCAAUGUAGCUUGUAUAAUGAUAUAACUGCCUCCUGUUUGUCAUAGAAUUCACAAAUAAAUGUUGGAAUUUA